AAUUUCUGGACGAUCAUUACCUACAGUACUCUUUCAGUCUGACAAAGACUUUGUGUGCGUGUGUGCAAGCAUGUCUGUGGUCUCAUUGCUGUGUCUCUGUCUGUGUAUCGCCUCUCCUCUAGUGAGGGCUGAUGAUCAAGGAUCCUUCCUACAUGACCCAAAGAACGUUCAUAAUGCUGAACACAUCAAGCAGCACAUGGGCGAGUAUUUUGAUGGUGACGAUGAUACCGCUGACAAACUGAAACUGGACGACAAGCAGGCAAUGGAAUUCCACUACUUUAAACUCCACGACUACGACAACAAUAACAAGCUAGACGGGCACGAGUUGGGCAUUGCCAUGACUCACUUCCACGAGGACAACCCUGAGGGGGAGGAGGGCGAAGAGGGGAAUUCCCCCAGCUCGUACAGCAUGAGUGAUGAUGAACUUUCCAAACUAAUUGAGCUCAUUAUGGAAGAAGAUGACCUGAACGAUGAUGGCUACGUGGACUACUAUGAGUUUGUUCAAGCCUCCCGUCGAGGCAAUGAAGAGCCCCCUGCAGAGAAGGACAAUCUUUAAACUGCUUAGCUUUGAUAAUUUAGCCAGUCAUUCAAAAUUAUUCAUUCAAAGAAUUUUGUUAUACAUGCAUGUAAAAUAAUGGAUGAGUAUUAAUAUGGAACAUUGAA